AUGAUUAAAUACAAGCGGGAAUUAUUUAGAACUUAAAUUAGAUAGUAGUUUCAUUAAAAUAUUUUCAAAUAGAAAAGAGUACUAAUUAAUACAGAAACACAAUAAGUAUAUUCAUUCAAUCAAUUAAUCGAUAUGAUAAUCAAUCCUAGAAUAAUUACAUAGGACCAUUUGAAGGAAUUAAAUUCUUGUUUACUCUAUUGUAUUAAUUAAGAACUUUCUAAUGAGUAAAUUUAGUUAAUUGAAAAAAAUAUCGAUAAUUUUCUCUCACUAUUAAUGUAUUAAAUUGCCAAUAAAAAUACCUUAGUUUUAGAGUCAUUAACAAUAUUUAUUAAUUUAACAUUUUUUUCAGAUGAGAUUUAACAAAAACUACUCACUAAUAACUAUGCGAAUUUUAAUAUACUUUAAGUUAUAUCUAAUUUAUUAUCAAAUCAAAAUGAAAUACGAAGUGCCCUCGAACUUUUAAUAAAUAUUUGGUGUAGUCCUAAUUCCCAAAAAAUUGAGUAAUUGGAUCUAAUAAUAUCAAUAAAUGAUCUUACAGAUUUAUCUAUUUCUAAAAAUGAGAAUCAGUUUAUUUUAUUAAUUUCAAAAUGUCUAAAAAAUUUUGUAAGUUUUAUAUGCGAUGAUUUUGUAUUGUUUGAUUGUGAUUAUCUAUUAAUGAUAAUAAAAAAACUAUUAAAUUAUGGAUUAAAAGAGAAGCCAUAAUUUAUAACAGAUUAGAUAGAGAUAUAUUGCAUCAUUGUAUAAAAAUUAAAAUUAAACUAUAUUCAAAAAGAUUAUGAUUUGAUACUUAAAUUAAUAAACUUGAGUUUAGAAAUAACAAUAACGGUUGAAUAAAUUACCAGAUUGCUAUCUUAUUUUUGUAUAAAUGGGCCAGAAUGUUUUUAUGAAAUAUUAUUAAGUCAUAUAAUUGAGUAUUCAAAAUCGAUAAUCAGAUUAAAUAAUAAUGAAUUAAUACCUUAUAUUCUAAAUUUAUUAAGCAUAAUAUUUUAUUAAUUAUCAUAAGAUUUUAACAGCUUUUUAUAACCUUUUUAUGAAGAUAAUAUAAUUUUAAAAGAAAUAAUUAGAUUUAGUGAAGAUUGCUACCCAUUAAAGGUGAGGGAAGCUUCUAUAAGAUGCAUUAAAAUUUUAAUUGAAAGUUCAAACGAAUUAUAAAUUUAAAAUUUAGUUGAAUUAGAAACUCAUAUAAUAUUGAUGGAUUUAUUAAAAGACUUUUCUCUUGAUUAAUUCUCUACCUUAUAUAUUUUAUAAUCUUUAAAUAAUUUAUUAAAUACUGAUAGUGUUUAAGCAUUUCAGAUGGACUAUCCCCAUUAUUUAAUGUAAUAUGCUUUAUCAAAUAAUCAAGAGAUAGCAGAUUAAGCAAAUGAAGUCUUACUUAAAUUUGAAGAUGAAUUUUUUAAUAUUUGUUAGUGA